AUGUAUAUUAUUGUAAAGAGAUUUUUAGACUUUGGAAAAUUUCCAGCGCGAAAUGAAACCAAUUACACACACCCUAGCUACCACAACAUGUCCGUGAUACUAGCGUCUGCUGGAUAUGACCAUACCAUAAGAUUCUGGGACGCCCUUACUGGUGUAUGUUCAAGAACAAUCCAGCACACUGAUUCUCAAGUCAAUCGAUUAGAAAUCACCUCCGAUAAGCGAUAUCUCGCCGCUGCGGGCAACUUGUAUGUCAGGUUGUACGACAUACGGCAAGCUGGAGCCACGGGAAAUACAUCCGUUCAGAAUAAUAAUGCAGGUUCAUCAAAUAGCAAUAAUCCCAAUAAUAACCCAGUCAUGACAUUUGAAGGACAUAGCACCAAUGUCACCUCGUUAGCAUUCCAAGCUGACAACAAGUGGAUGGUGACUUCAAGUGAGGAUGGAACUGUAAAAGUAUGGGAUGUGAGAUCACCUUCAGUGCAACGAAACUAUAAACACAACUGUCCUGUAAAUGAAGUUGUUAUACAUCCAAAUCAAGGUGAAUUAAUUAGUUGUGAUCAAGAUGGGAAUAUACGAGUUUGGGAUCUUGGUGAGAAUCAAUGUACUCAUCAUUUAAUUCCUGAGGAUGAUGUACCGAUUAAUUCACUUAGUGUAGCUAGUGAUGGAUCGAUGCUUGUUGCGGGAAAUAACAAGGGUAAUUGCUAUGUCUGGAAAAUGCUGAAUCAAAAAGAUUUAACUUCAUUAACACCAGUGACGAAAUUUAGAUCACAUCUGAAGUACAUUACCCGAGUGUUGUUAAGUACCGAUAUGAGGCAUUUAGCUACUUGCUCUGCUGAUCACACAGCAAGGAUAUGGUCGACAGAGCAGAAUUUUGCUUUAGAGACUACAUUGCAAGGGCAUCAGAGAUGGGUAUGGGAUUGUGCAUUUAGUGCAGAUAGUGCAUAUUUAGUCACUGCGUGUUCUGAUCAUUAUGUGAGGUUGUGGGAUUUGUCUAACAGCGAGACUGUAAGACAAUACAAUGGACACCACAAGGGAGCUGUAUGCGUAGCAUUAAAUGAUGUAUAG